UCCCGUGGCUGUUAAGCUGAGUGCAGGAACACGCUCGUGUAAGCCGCCGUACUCAAUUCUGGUACCCUCCAAAUGUGUUGGACUACAAGUGCCAUGCUCCCGCAGCCAGCCAAUGGAAGACUACAGUUUGGGAAAGGAGAGUUAUGAAUAUGCAAUUUACGCUGGCCUUCGGGUAGAGGUUGGUUUGCUGUGGAGAUGUACCUCGCCUUUCAAGUUCGUUGCAACCUGAAGUACGUUUAGUGGUGUCUUUUUCCUUUGAGGAAGCCUGGAAUUCGAAAACAGAUACUGACAAAAACGUGAAUAUCUUCUGCGACCUUUUACACCACCAUUUCAUACAAUCCUGAUUGUACGAAAGUUGUGCAGUAUCAGCUUUUCAGAAGUGACUACCAGAGAAAUGCAUUUGCUGAUGAGAUCCGUAAUUUUACAAAUGCAAACAAAAGAAUGCUUAUAGAUUAGAUGCCAUCAUGUUACCAGUUCGGAAGUAUAACUUAAAUUGCAGACUUGUUGAAAUCAAUAUCGAUCUUGAACGGAUGUUGCUGGCAGAUCCGGUCUCUACUUGCCUUUCUUCUGCAGUGCAUUAUAUAGUUUGUGAGGCUGGAUUUGAGAUAAAAUCAAACCCUGGUAUUAGUUGCAUUAUAUCUGACAGUGGUGAGGUGUAUUGGAGAGUGAUCAUAGAACAUGUACGGUAUGAAGAACCAGAUCAAACGCUGGAUUAUGUAGAAAGUGUGAGAUCUUUAGGUCCUUUAUGUGAAUCUGUUCACUUGCAUUUACAAUCCCUUAACAUGAAACAAUUUGAAGACCAGUUAAUGUUGUGGUUCCAAUGGACAAAAUGCCCAGAGAUAUUUCUCAAAAUGUUUGAUGCUAUAAAGAGUUCACAUGCUACAGCAGUUGCACUGAGCUUAAUGAAGCUUACGUCCUGUUUGGAACGCGCUUUGGGUGAUGUGUUCUUACUACUUGGCAAAGAUUGUCCCUUUCUUCUAAGAGACUUGCUCGCUUCUCAGGAGCUGGCUUCAGUAUUUGGACAAUCAGUGAUGGAUGUUCUCAGAGUGUUCAUCGGAUCUCCAAGAGGUCUAAAUCUUCGCAAUAUCUUGUGGCAUGGAUUUGCAUCACCUCUAGAAAUUCCUGUGAAGUAUUCCUCUAUGCUGCUUUUCUUAACAGCAGGCUUGGGGCAACUGCUGAAGAAUUACCUUCUGCAAACACAGUCCACUGUAAUUCAUCGGACUUAUGUAUCCUUCAGUAACAUACAAGAACUACAUGUUUUUCCAGAUCUUAAUCAUGAAGUGUUGUCAUUGGCUGAAGAAUUAGUCAUCAAAUCAAAUAUUGCAUUAAGAACCAUGCAGCCUUUUUGGAUUGCUGCACUAACGGCAUUCAGACAAUCCAGGUAUGCUGACUGUGUUAUACUGCUACUUCCUCAGUUGGAAAGUGGACUCAGAUUGCUUUUUACAAAAUGUAAUAACUGUCCAAACAGACUAAUGACAGCUGAGUCAUCUUCUUUGUACACCACUUUAGAUGAGAUACUAGCAAAACAAUUGAAUAAUGAAGAAACCAAUCAGCUCCUUUUAGUUCUUGGUGAACCAACAAUAGAAUUUCUCUGGGAUUUCCUGAACCACCAAGAAGGUCCACGUGUUAGAGAUCGUCUGAGCCAUGGAGAAUGCAACUUAAAUGAUUUCCCAAGAGCAAUAGGAAAUUCAAUUCUUGCAUUUUCUAUUACGCUUUUGUGCAGAUUUUCCAAGACAGAUACUGCUGCCAUCCAGGAACACCAAUUCCUAAAACCACUAAUAUGCUGUGCAGAGUGCUAUUGUUCCCAGUUUCAUCCAGUAGCCCAACUUAAGAAGCAGGUGCUGAAGUGUACAAAAAGCAUCAGUUCAUGGUCUGAUCUUCCUCUAGUGCCUGAAGAGCAAGUUCAGGAAAUUACAGAGUCUGCAAAAGAUACUGGUGAUGUUCCUUGUAUUUGUGUGGCUGCUGAUAUUUUUUCUCAACUGCAACCCUACUUGCCUCCAAAUAUCAAACUUACAGGUGAACCUGUGAACAAUCCACUAACAGAGAAGUUACUGGCUGAACUGUGCAGGAAGCACAUCUGUCUCCUUUUCUGCCCACGACGUGAGCUAGAAAUCACUGCAGUGCUUCGCCGGAUAAGCACCCAGUGCUAUCACAUAUCCUGCCAAAUAAUUUCUACUUGUGAAGCUAGAUAUAAGCAGUGGAUAGACAAGUCACUACGAUCUCGCCAACGACACAACUAUCUGCGCAUGAGAAGAAGUAUUCGAUUUUUAUCUCCAGUCUUACAACUAAUUUUAAUCUUGAUUAUAUUGGAACUAAUCAAUAUCCAUACCAUCAAUGAAAAGAAUGCCCCUGAGUAUCAACAGUAUCUCAAGUUUCUAAAGGUGAUAUUGCAGUACACCGAAAACUUGGUGACCUACACAAGCCUGGAAAAGAAUAAAUGGGAUGAAACAAUGGAGCUUACACAGAAAGCCUUGCUAAAAAUCAGAACUUUCUUAGGGAAGCAUUUAGCACUUGUGCAGCUAGCUGAGCAAAGGACAUAAUCCUUAUCAGACCUUAAUGGGUUUCUUCAGUAGACCUUUUUGUUUGUCUGCUUUUUGUGAGAUCAAAAUUUGAGAUUUUCUGGGUGUGAGAAUCAACAACACCUACUCGGUAUUCAUGUAUUUUCUCCAUUACGAUGAAUAAUCAGAUUUUCUGAGCAAAAAAAAUAGAACAGUCAGCAGUAAGAAUCAUCCCAAAUGCUGAAAUGGACCAUUCUAAUGUAUUCUUUUUAGAGGAACUUGAGCUAAAAAAUAAGCAAGUCCCCUAUUAAAAUAUGUUGAUUCUG